AUGUGGGACAUCAAUGCCCACGCUCUGGAGUUCAGAGUCGUCAUUCUUGUCCUAACGACUUGCUUGACCAACUUUGCGUUUCAAAGCCUUGGAAAUUGGGUCCGUCGAGCAUUUCGCACCACUGAUCAAUUCGCGAAACAUUUCUAUCGCGACCACCAUGGUGAGAGUACGCUUGAAGAUGUGCAGGCUACCGUUAGGUGGAAACAGCGUAUUAUGAUUGCCGUCUUGACAACCAGCGCAGCGGCCGUAUCAUUAUCUCGGGCUGUCAUCUCCUCACCAAGAGAGGAAUGGAUAUCACGGACCGUCAUCGUCCCGCUAAGGGAGGAAUGGCUACACUGUAGUAUUUUGCUUUUCUUGUUCAUUCAAAGUGUCGCCUUGCUACCGGAGUCGCGCUGCACUGUGCGAUAUUACCUGGCCUUGCAAUUGAGUCUUAGUUGUGUACUCGGGUUAAUUUCUCUCGCAUCCGAGAUCAAUGCAUCUUACCCUUCGCAUCUGGAAAACCUCCAGCGAUGGCUGAUCGGUGCAGAAUGUUUUUGUCAUCUCGCCACAGCGACUCUCUGCUUGCUCCUUCCACGCCGCCCCAAUGUCUACCACAACAACAUUAUGGUCGACCGCGAAUUCUCAACCUCCAUUCUCAGCCGUAUUACAUUUAGCUGGGCAAGUAAGGUUAUUUGCCUCAGCCAUCAGGAAAAGGAGCUCGAACCGGUACAGCUUCCAGGAUUAGACUACAGCACGCGAUCCCAGAGUCUCCAAGAAUCGUUUUCAGAGGCCAAAGCCGCAAUCACGAAGGAAAUGCCACGCGGUUGUACAACGCCGGUACCGAUGUGGAAGAUACUAGUGCGAUCCAAUCGUGCAUAUCUUACCUUGACAGCGGUGCUGUGCUUGCCCCUGGCGCUGCUUUCCUUCACGCCGCAUAUGGUAUUGUUGCAUCUCCUGCAAGUCUUAGAGUCCGAUUCGCCUGAAAGGUUGAGUCCCCUGCAGCUAGGGGUACGGGGAUUGUCUUUAGGCCUGGCAAUUGUUUGCUCCUCUGUUUCUGAGCAGUGUGUAAACUGGAUCGCAUACAAUAAGAUCUCUGUCCGAAUGAUUGAACAGAUAUCGAUAAUGGUUUUUCACAAGGCAAUGCGCCUAAAUGGGUCCAGAAGCUCCGAGAAAAGCAAAGACGAGGGGGGAGACGAUGAAGACUGCCGCGCUAAGAGCACGAUAAAUCUGGUUGCAGUUGAUGGCAAGCGAAUUGGUCGGUUUGUCACCUACGGCUUCCAUUUGGUGCUUGCACCCUUGAGGCUGACCAUUGCUUCUUUCAUGUUGAUGAAAAUUCUUGGCUGGCAAAGCUUAGCUGCAGGUCUUGCAUGUAUCGCUGUUCUGAUGCCGAUGAUCAUUCUCUGCAGUCUCAAGUAUGCAGAGGCUGGUAGAAAAUUGAUGAAAGUACGAGACAAGAGGAUGACUCUCCUCACUGAGGUGCUGCACGCAGUCCGCCAAAUCAAAUUCUCUGCACUUGAAGGCAAGUGGUUGGAUAGAAUAGGUAUGGUGAGAAAGGAAGAGCUAUCAUAUCAGCGCCGGAUCUUCUUUUCGAAUGCUGGCAUCAUGUCCUUCUACAUCCUUGCCCCGGUCGCGUUGUCGGUCGCUUCAUUGGGCGUCUAUGCCACUCUGCACAAUGGACUGACGGCUUCCGUCACUUUCACUGCUACAUCAAUCAUGGGUUCAAUAACAAUAUCCUUGAGUGUGCUUCCGAAUCUACUCUCAAAUGCAUUGGACACUUUGAUCAGCACUCGCCGCCUGGACGAAUAUUUUCGUGCACCCGAAAAGAUGCCAAAUAUAACCCCAUCCGACAAUAUUGGCUUCCAGAAUGCCACAGUUACUUGGCCGGGGGGUCUGAUUUCCGGGCGAACGGGAUCGGGCAAAAGUCUUCUACUGGCCGCCAUUCUGGGGGAAUGUGAUAUCAUCACGGGGCAGGUAAUGGCGCCUCUUCAGCCGCAUCCUGAAAGUAUCUGGCGUACAUACGCAGCUAGGGAAGGCUGGCUCCUUGACUCCGCCACGGCGUACGUCGCUCAGAUGCCAUGGAUUGAAGCAGCAACUAUCAAACAGAACAUUUUGUUUGGACUUCCAUUUUCUGAAGAGCGAUUCAGGGAUGUACUAUACGCAUGCGCGCUAUUAAAGGACCUGCAAUCUUUCCCCGAUGGCGAGCGAACUGAAAUCGGCCCCGACGGAGUGAACUUGAGUGGUGGACAAAAAGCCCGCAUUUCCCUUGCAAGAGCGCUUUAUUCCCGUGCCGGUACUUUGCUGUUGGAUGAUAUAUUUAGCGCCGUUGACGUUCACACUGCGCAACAUUUGUAUAAACAUGCACUGACUGGACCUUUGGCUGCGGGUCGAACCCGAAUUCUUACCACGCAUCACGUUAGUAUUUGCUUGCCCCAGACUGAAUAUCUCGUUCAUUUGGAAGAUGGCGCAGUUGGCUACAGUGGCGCGGCUGCUCAAUUACAUGCUAGUGGAAGGCUGGACAGUCUAUUGCGCUCUUGCAACCUAGAUGAAAAGCCAGAUGAAAAUGAAGAGGCUACAUCGAAAGAUAUGCCUUUGUUCCACCUCGAGCACCUUGAUAAGCCUGAUCGACCUACUACGUCACAAAGCAGCCGGGUAAUUGACCAUGCACCACGAAUGUUUGUUCAGAAAGAGCGAGGCAAGACGAAAAAAUCCUCUCUGCGGCUUUCUAUCCAGUAUAUGGCUUCAAGUGGUAGAUGGUGGCUAUGGGUUCUGGUUGUUGUUGCCAGUGUGUCGUAUAUGCUUCUUAUACUCUCAAGAAGCUGGUGGCUACGUGUCUGGAAUAAUCAUGAUACCGAGACUGCCCACCAUUCACCAAACAUGGUAUUAGGAAAGUUAAAGUUUUAUUUUGGUAUCUACGUCGCUUUCGCUGUGUUCGAGUGGCUCAUGGGCUCAGCCGUCAACUUGAUCAUUUUUCUUCUCGCGCUUCGUGCAUCAGAACGUCUCUUCCGAGAGUCUCUACGCGGUGUACUCAGCGCACCUCUCCAAUGGCUUGACGCAGUCCCCGUUGGUCAGAUUUUGAAUCGCUUCUCAGCUGAUUUGAAUGUUGUCGACUAUCAAAUAUGUCUCGAUCUGAUCAACAUGCUCGCCGCCGGCCUGGAAUCUGGCAGUGUUGUUGUCGCCGGCAUUAUCGUGAACCCUCUAUUGAUCAUCCCCAUCGUUCCCCUUGCGUCGGUAUGUGUCUAUUUCACUCGUACAUAUCUUGUCGCAGCCCGGGAGAUAAGGCGCAUGGAAAACGUCGCUCGCAGUUCAAUAUUUGAGAAAUUCAACUCCUCGCUCGCUGGGCUUUGGACAAUCCGGGCCUAUGGAAAGUCAGAAAUCUAUAUUGGGCAAAUGCAGCAGGUUGUGGAUAACCACGCUCGGGCAUACUGGAAUCAGUGGUUAUUAACACGCUGGUUUGGAACGAGAAUUAACAUCAUCGGGGCGAUUUUUGCGACAUUUGUUGCCGUUUUAGUUACGAGUCAAAAUGGGGUGGAUGCGUCCGCGGCCGGAUUUGCGAUCGGAUUUACAAUCCAGUUGAACAGUGCCAUUACUCUGCUCACUCAGGUUUACGCUGGGUUGGAACUGGAUUUGAACUCUCUGGAUCGGGUCCUGGAGUAUUCUGAUGUGGAGUCAGAGCAGUACGACGGUAUUGAUCCGCCCGCCGUGUGGCCAACAGAGGGCCGAUUGGAUAUAACAGACCUGGCAGUGAAGUAUGAUUCUGACUUGCCGCCUGUUCUCAGUGGUCUUAACGUAGCCAUUGAGGGAAAUCAACGCGUCGGUAUUGUUGGUCGAACCGGGGCAGGCAAGUCGUCGCUCGCUCUGGCUCUCUUCCGAUUCUUAGAAGCCAAUGAGGGCCAGAUUAGUAUUGAUGGAGUCAACAUUGCUAAUAUUAACCUGACACAUUUGCGGCGGCGAUUGGCCAUCAUCCCACAAAAUCCAGUGUUAUUCUCGGGGACUGUUCGAUCCAACCUGGAUCCAUUCCAGGAACACGAUGAUAGCGAACUCCUCUCUGCUCUGGCACAGGUGCUUUGUGUGACUUCUGCGGCAGAAUUACCAUCAUCAGAGCUUGAAAUGCUCAUUUCUGAGGGUGGUUUGAAUAUCUCACAAGGCCAGCGUCAGCUCCUUUGCCUCGCCCGUGCGAUUGUUUCCAAUCCAAAAAUUCUCAUGCUGGACGAAGCCACUUCUUCGCUCGACCAUGUAACGGAUGAGAGGAUUCAGCAGGCUGUACGGGAGAGAUUUGGACGAGGUUCUUCAACCCUCCUAGUGGUUGCACACCGCCUGAGCACGAUUGCUGACUUUGAUCAUAUCUUGGUCUUGGACCGUGGCAUGGUGGCAGAAUUUGGGCCUCCUCGAGACUUGAUAAACCUUGAGAAUGGAAUCUUUCGGGCAAUGGUAGACAAAGAUUCCGACAGAGAUGAAUUGCUUCGGAUUAUUUCAGGAUGA